UGGACGGCGCGCCGGCCCUGCUGCGUCCCGGCCUGGGGCAUGCGGGAAGCGGGCGGGGCGGGGACGUCCGCGCCCACCUAGCGGCCUCCGCGAGAGCCAGCCAGCCACCGGGGGUGGGGCCCUGGGCCGGAGUGCGUCCCGGGCGCCAGCCUCCCGUCCGCAGCUCGCACCCGCCCACCCGCCCGCCGUUGGCCCCGGAGCAACUGCCGCCCGGUCCCGGCCUGCGUCCGCGGCUGCGAUGCGGCGUGGACCCCUGCCCGGCCGGUCCUGUCCGGGUCCUGCUACCUCCCCGAGCUCAGACAAGAUAUACAAGUUGAAGACAGGAAAAAAUACUCAAGACAAAUGCAAGUCAAAAUCAAGGUGGAGAGCUGAUGUAACUUGGAGGUCUAGCACGUCUGCUUGAAGUCCAUGGCCCAAAAUGACUCUACUAGUGGAGACUCACUUCCAUAAAGAAGGAGGCCAGUCCGGAGGCUGGGAUGAGCAUGCCACUGCAUCAGACCUGUGCCACAUGUUCUCAGGAUGCCACUGCUGCUCACAGAAGCAAGACUCAAGAAAAGGAUCAGGAAGAGCAGGGGUAUGUGCAGACUGCACAAUCAACAUUUGGAGAAAAAGAAAGGACUGCAAAGGAGGGAGAGACCAGUAUGGGCUGACUGAUUGACAUUCCAUGUCCUGUGGCAUCGAGAAAUGAAUGAGAAGACUUUGGGACAUUCCAUGAGUCAGUCAAGCAACAUUUCCAAGGCUGGGAGUCCUCCAUCCACAACGGCCCCGGUGUCUGCCUUGUCUCGCACUUCUGUCACACCAUCCAACCAGGACAUCUGCAGUUCCAGUGCAGUGUUUUCUGAGUGUUGUCACCACAGUCCCGUGCAAUCUGCUGUUGUCUUGAAAACUCCUCAAUUCCAGAGUUCUCUGACACAAGGGCUCAGUGUGACAGUUAUCUGUAAAGACACAUUCCAGGCGUCAAAGAGCAAUCCCUUUGGCUCAGAGUGGGACCAGGCCUUGAAGCUUGCUAAGAAUGCUAAGGCCAGAAGAACACUUGGAUUCUCAAAGUCACUAAAUGAUGUGGGUGAGAAGACCCAGGAUCCUUCAGAAAGCUUUGACUAUAUGGAAAGAACUUGCUCUGAAGGGAAAUUGGUACUUCCUCAAGCUUCAUCUCUCAGAAUGAACAGGCUCUGUCAUAAAGAGAAAAGAACACUGCAUUGCCCACCUCAUCGCCAUUCUAGACAUUCCCAUGUCUUAUCCCUUUCCACCAAGCAUUCAGCUGCCUCGGAGGGGGAGGCUGGCAAGGGGGCCAUGCACAUCUCACUUUUAGAAGAGAAAGCAAAUAGUGAAACCCGGUCCAGAAGCCGACAACUGCUCCGGUACCUGUUCUCACUCUCCCGCGGCUCGAGCACCAGCAGCCUGCACAGGUUCCAUGAACUGGAGAGUCAUGCGAGCUGCCUGCAUACCACCAAGUCCUCCAGCUGGCUGGCAGGGAGUGCAGGCUUCUGCUCUGAUGAAAUGGGAGAUGAUGACGUCUUUGAAGAUACCUCAUCUGCCAAACUGAAAAGCAGGGUCCUGCGUGCGCCCCUCUGCUCAGUGGAGAAGGACAGUGACCUGGAUUGUCCUUCUCUGCUGUCUGAGAAAUGCCCCCCCAUCUCUCCCGUGUCCACCCCAGGGGAUGUCUGCAGGAUCUGCCACUGUGAAGGAGAUGAUGAGAGCCCUCUGAUUACCCCGUGUCACUGCACAGGGAGCCUGCACUUUGUGCAUCAGUCCUGCCUGCAGCAGUGGAUCAAAAGCUCUGACACACGCCGCUGCGAGCUCUGCCAGUACGAGUUCGUCAUGGAAACCAAGCUGAAGCCUCUGCGGAAAUGGGAGAAGUUGCAGAUGACGGCCAGUGAGCGCAGGAAGAUCAUGUGCUCAGUGACGUUCCAUGUCAUUGCUAUCACCUGUGUGGUCUGGUCCUUGUAUGUGCUCAUCGACCGCACUGCGGAGGAAAUCAAGCAGGGGCAGGUCACAGGAAUCCUAGAGUGGCCCUUUUGGACUAAACUGGUAGUUGUGGCCGUUGGCUUCACUGGAGGACUCCUUUUUAUGUAUGUCCAGUGCAAAGUAUACCUACAAUUAUGGAAAAGACUCAAGGCUUAUAAUAGAGUGGUCUAUGUUCAAAACUGUCCAGAAACAAGCAAGAAGAAUGUUCUUGAAAAGUCUGCAUUCACAGAGCCCAACUUUGAAAAUAAAGAAGGACCUGGGGUGUAUCAUUCUACCACAAAUUCUUCUUCAGUGGAGCCUGAAGACACUGCAGCAGGAAUCAUUCACGUCUGACAGUGUGGAGGUGGCGUUUUCUUGACGCCCUGGGAGAGCUAAAGGAAGGUUUACUGCCAAUUGUGUUUCUUUCUGUCCUUUAACAGCAUAGACUGCACUAUUAGAGUGACCUCUUUUUCUGAACCCUCCUUGGUAAAUCUAGAAAGCCCUCUAUGGGACAGGCACCACUGGGUCCCACUGCCGGGCUUCUCUGUGGGAUGGGAAGCCAGCAGACCCCAUGCAGCCAUGAUGGGGAACUGGCUGAGUUCUAGCCCCUGGUCUUGAGCAGAAUAAGGGAAGAAAGAAAGAAAAAAAAAGACAGAGCAGCUUGCGGGGAGGGGGCUGGUGGCAGUGAGAAAACUCCCAGAGGACAGUGGUGGGGGAUCUGCUGAAGGUAAGAGGACCCCUUCUGACAGGGAGAGCUGGAAGCUGGGCUGGGUACAGUGCCUACAAACCCUGCCUCACUUUGUCAGUGCUGCCUCAGUGCCGUCAGGAAGAUGAGACCUUGGGGUGUUGUGUCUCCUGGUGCAUAGUUCACCAAACAAAGAGCACUUUACAAAAGAAAGCCUUUAUUUUGAGAGACCCUGUAUCUAGUGAUUUUGACACUUGAAAGAGUCAUGUUUAGAAAUCUUCCCUUUACUGCCAUCGUUAUCUCUUUGACAUCAAAAUCGAUCUUAAGCCCUUUUGCCUUACACAUUCUGAGUAAUAGGAUGUCCUUUCCAUGUCCAAAAAGGACUAGUGACUUAAGACAGAUCUGAGGCGUUUUCCUGUAACAGAGUCCAUGGGAAUUAACAGAUGGUAAAUGGCAGUUGGCAUUAUUCCUGUAGUUUGACUGAGCCUGUUUGAUGACAGGUCCUAUCUCAUAAACCUGCCCAUAAUACAUUCUAUUUUGUCAACACUGAAAUGGAAGGUUUUUGAACUCUAAUGGAUCUGAAUAUGGCUAAAUAGUUAAAAAUAGUCCUUUGACAGACAUGUAUCUCCAAAUGGAAUCAACACACACAAUCUAGUCUGGACAUACACUGUGGACACUCCUGAGGUCCACCUGUCUGUUGUUCACUGUGCCAACACCUCCUGCCUGGAGGUUAUGGAGUCAUUUCUGAAGGCUGGGAGGGUAGAUGGGCCAGCUCUGGGAUGAGGACUUGCCAUGGAUCACUCUGUCACUACUCCCCGGCCCAUACUCCUCAUUGUUGCCUUAAACUAGACCUGACAGGAUCAUUUAGGGGCCGUUGGCUCUACAUUUGGUCCAUUCUGUCAUCAGGGAUUACUUCUGCACCAUUUCUUAUAAGACAGACAAAACCAAAAUCACUACCAUUAAAUGGCCUUUGUCCCUUUAAAAAAGUCUGCCUAAAAUUCUUUCCUUAAAGGCUGGUAUCAUAGUGCUAGGUUUAAAUAGUCCACAUACAACAUGACAAGAGGAGCCCCUGUAGCUCACUCUCCAGUGACUGCCAUUAGGCUACACAUCUUCAGAGCCUCCUGAGGCGGGCAGUCCUACCAACCUCUCUGAGCCUUGGGUGCUUCUCAUCCGCCCUCUUUCAGAGAGUGAGGCAAACCCAAGAUGAAUUCUUUGUGGUUUCCGGUGGAAGCCCUGUGGAUAGUUCGUAGGGGCAGGUGGAGGCUGAAGGGUCUGUGAGGCUGGAUAAGGGCUUAUGAAAGUAGAUUGUGUCCUAUUGUUCCUCCGUCUGCUUUCUGGGGUCACAGGGUCCGGUCUGUGGAACUGUUCUGCCAGGGCUUUCCUCCAGCCACCAACCACUGUUCAAAAACAGCCGACCCCUGAGGUCAGCCUGCCCUCUCCCUCUGAGGCCACAUUCAGCCCAUCCCUAUGCCCACUAUGUCCCAAAGUGCAAUUACAUACCUUUUUAGCCUGGGGAUACCAGGCAGCUACAGACUGCCCAUUAGGGAGCUGAGUCCUAGGUUAGCCCUGACGAUGCCCCAUAGCCUGCUGAGGCUGGGCCCCUAAUCCUGCCCACCUCUCCCUGCCAUUGUGCUCCAGCAUGGUUGAGUGGCCAGGUGAAGAUGAAGAUAGCAAUUUUAAGUGUGAUGUCCCAAUGGGGCAACUGAGGCUUCUGUAGAGAGGAGAGUAUGUCUAGAUGAGAUAGUCCCUGCACAGCUGGCCCAGAGUGCAUGUGCCCCCAUAGCCAAGGUUCCUUUAGAACCAUGGCUGUCAUGUUGGUCCCCUGCAAACUACACCUUCCCCUCAUUUCAAGAAGGCCUAAUUCCAUCCCUUCUUCUCUGGCUCCUCUGCUAAAAGCCUGUCCCUCAUCCUUCCUCCCUCAGCAGGUGCUUGGCUACCCUGUUUUCCUGUAGGCUCUAGUUCAGCACCUCUGAUCCAGCAAAUGGCUGCCCAUUGGUGACUUGGUGUAGGACACUGGCAAGGUGUGCUCUGUGAUGCCUGUUGGUAGGGGCUCUAGGUCUGCCCAGGCUCCUUAGUCCAUGUCCACUUGCCUUCUGUGUGCUCCACAAGGACAUCUGUCUAUGUUUCUCCUUUGUGUGAGCCUGGCAAUAGCAAGAGAAUGGCAUAGGGCUGGUGCUUGUGCGUCAGGUAAGGAGAGGAAGGAAGCAAUCUCGGGGUGUUGCUGCCAUCCCUCUCUGAACUUGGCCUUUACCCGUAUGUUGUAGUCCCAGUAUCACACCUCCCACUUUGUCUGCCAGAAGUAAGUAGUUUGGGGGUUGUGCCCAACUUUACUGCAAGAGUUUACAGGAAUAGAAAAGUUUUUGUCCUACUCCGGACCUCUCUGCCUCUCCUUUUUGGCUCAGUCUACUCUUCAGUCACGUAGGCCCAGUUUCCAAACCUGUGGGUACCUCCAUCAGGCCACAGAUGUGCAAGCCUCGGGCAGUGGGAGAGGGGGCAGCUCAGGGUCUUGGGUCGUGCCUACAGGACAAGGUGGGAUGGGCAGGGUAAAGAGCCACACUCUUGUGGGCACGGCCGGAUGCAUACGCACACCGAAGUACUGCCUCUUCAAGUCUGGAUGGAAAAAUCAACUUGUAUCUGUAGCCCAAGGAAAGACCGAAGCGAAUAAAGAUGGGUUUGUCUUUGUUUCUGAAGUGAUUGAUGAAGAUAUGUAACUGAUUGAUUGCACAUUUAGAUGCCAUGUUUAUAGAAGGUUGUUAAUAAAAACCAAAUUUACACUGGCAUGUGUGGUGUAGUUUCUUAAAGGCACUUCACAUUUUAAAUUUGUCUUAGAAAUUUUUUAGUAAUCCAAAUGUCUAGUUUUGUGUCCUUUUGUGUAUGUUCACGGUUUCUCAGUAUUAUCACUUGAAUAAUUCUCUGUACAGGGGGUUGGUUUGUGCUAUACAGGAGGUGUCUAAUUGUAGCAAUAAAGCCUUUCUUUAACAAAG